UCGUCGUCGCGCUGCGGCAGUGCGCGCGGUGCGGUGCGAGGGAAGUCGGCCUCGCGCCUCCCCGGGACCAUGGCCACCGACUCGUGGGCCCUGGCAGUGGACGAGCAGGAGGCGGCGGUCAAGUCGAUGAAUAGUUUGCAGAUCAAAGAAGAGAAAGUCAAACCAGAUACCAAUGGCAUUAUCAAAACCAAUACCACUGCCGAGAAAACAGAUGAAGAAGAGAAAGAGGACAGAGCCGCCCAGUCCUUACUCAACAAGCUGAUCAGAAGCAAUCUUGUCGAUAACACAAACCAAGUGGAAGUCCUGCAGCGGGACCCAAACUCCCCCCUCUACUCAGUGAAGUCCUUUGAGGAGCUUCGGCUGAAACCACAGCUUCUCCAGGGAGUCUAUGCCAUGGGCUUUAAUCGACCAUCCAAGAUACAAGAGAAUGCGUUGCCCAUGAUGCUUGCUGAGCCCCCACAGAACCUGAUUGCCCAGUCUCAGUCUGGUACUGGUAAAACAGCUGCCUUUGUUCUGGCCAUGCUCAGCCGAGUGGAACCAGCAGAGAGGUACCCCCAGUGUUUGUGCCUCUCCCCAACAUACGAGCUGUCACUUCAAACAGGAAAAGUGAUUGAGCAGAUGGGCAAAUUUCAUCCAGAACUAAAGCUUGCUUAUGCUGUUCGAGGCAAUAAGUUGGAAAGAGGUCAGAAGAUCAGUGAGCAGAUUGUCAUUGGCACCCCUGGGACCGUCCUGGACUGGUGCUCCAAGCUCAAGUUCAUUGACCCCAAGAAGAUCAAGGUGUUUGUUCUGGAUGAGGCUGACGUGAUGAUAGCUACCCAGGGACACCAAGAUCAGAGCAUCCGCAUCCAGAGGAUGUUACCCCGGAACUGCCAGAUGCUGCUUUUCUCUGCCACCUUUGAAGACUCUGUGUGGAAAUUUGCCCAGAAAGUGGUCCCAGAACCAAACAUCAUCAAACUGAAGCGCGAGGAGGAGACGCUGGACACCAUCAAGCAGUACUACGUCCUGUGCAGUAACAGAGAUGAGAAGUUCCAGGCCUUAUGUAACCUCUAUGGGGCCAUCACCAUCGCUCAAGCCAUGAUCUUCUGCCACACCCGCAAAACAGCUAGUUGGUUGGCAGCAGAGCUCUCAAAAGAAGGCCACCAGGUGGCUCUGCUGAGCGGUGAAAUGAUGGUGGAGCAGAGGGCUGCAGUGAUCGAGCGCUUCCGAGAGGGCAAAGAGAAGGUUCUGGUGACCACCAACGUGUGUGCCCGAGGUAUCGACGUGGAGCAGGUGUCUGUCGUCAUCAACUUUGACCUCCCCGUGGACAAGGAUGGGAACCCGGAUAACGAGACCUACCUGCACCGCAUCGGGCGCACUGGCCGCUUUGGCAAGAGGGGCCUGGCCGUGAACAUGGUGGACAGCAAGCACAGCAUGAACAUUCUCAACAGAAUCCAGGAGCAUUUCAAUAAGAAAAUAGAAAGAUUGGACACAGAUGACUUGGACGAGAUUGAGAAAAUAGCCAACUGAGAAUCCCCACCGGUCACCAGUUCCCGCCCGUGACGCCCCCUGCACGGGACACUAGUGCUUUCAUGGCGCAGGCCUGGACAGUCACCACAAAGAUGAAGGCACGAGUAGAGAGAAACUACCUACCUCACUUCAAAUUAUGUUUGGACUUGACAUAUACAAAUUACAUUCGUAUGUGAUCAGGAAAGUUGAAUGAAAAUUAGGCAUUCUGGAAAAUUGAGUCCUUUUUAAGUCAAGGAUCCCCCAUCUUUCUAGUAAUCUGGUUGCUGGUCCCCAGAUCCCUGCCUAUUUUCUGGCUAGGGGUGUUGGAACCAGACUUCUACCCCUGAGAAAGUGAUAGAGGUUGGGAAUCUAGUGGGGGCGGGGGGCGGGGGUGUCUAGGCAGCACAGGCCUGGGAUCCCCAGUAUAGAUGGAGCAUAGGGAGAAGCAGCCAAGAGGUCUGUGAGCUGCCUUCUUCUGUGUCUCUCCACUGAGACCAUUAGUGAAGAUCUCCGACCCUCACGGCAUCGUCCUUAUCCCCACUCCACAUGACCCGCUUUCUGUUCUCUGUACCAGAGCAGUUCCUUGUUUCUCACUGGGUGGGCAUUAGAUUUGGGGAGAAACAUGGAAGUUAGUGAGUCCUGGCCUCUUCAGAGAGAUGGUGCCAGCCAGAGAAGAUGAAUCCUGAGACGAUUCAGCCUCCACGGUGCCGGGAGACGCCAGACAUGUUUCCUACCACAGCCUGGCAGAGUGAAGGGUUUUGUAUCCACAGUGUGUCACCGCCUGGGCACAAAUAGCUGCCUUUAGAAAUGAAGUUGUGACCAAGUGCUAUCUGGUAUCGCUGUGCAUCCAUAAUAGAGGACCUGGUGGUUACCUUUUUUCCUACUUUAUCAGUAUGAACAAGGACAGUUACCUUAGAACUAUACCUAUUAUUAUGUUAAGAAAUUUAAAAAUAAUUAUGAAACAUUUUACUAAUCAUGAUUUGUUUUUACUUGUAUUUUUCUGCUUACUAGACUAAUAUAUGCUCAUUAAAACAAAGUGUGUGCAUCUAUAAAGUACAAGUCCUCUCUCUCCCCAUCUCUCUGGUACUUAAUUACCAGCAGGUUGGUGUCCAUCCAAUAUAUUGCGUGUAUUAGACAUCAGACCACUUUUCCUUUACAAGCCCAUGAAUAUCUCUUCAUAGUCGUGCAAACUGCUUUUUCACUCACCAGCAUUAUCUUGGGCCUGUGACGUGUCCAGCACACAUACAUUGUCCUCGCUACUGACAGGAUUCCAACAUAGAGCUGCUUGGCACUCACUGGAGGCUCCUGUAGUAGCAGGUCCUUACCCUGUCCCGGGGUCCACAGCCACGGUGCAUAUCUACGCUCAGCUCUGUGCCCUGCUGAGACCUGCUCUGCCCUGUGUUCCUGUAAGCAGAGCUGUUGCAGCAGAGUGGGGACAUUUAAAUUUUUAGUACAUCACCAGUCUAGCCUGGUAAAAAGCUUUACCAGUGUACAUUAACAUUGUAGAGAUACGAAAUAGCUACUGUCUUACCUGCUUGCCAACUCUACAUGUUAUCCAUGUUUAAACCUUUGUCACUUUUGAGUAGUAAAAAAUACUGGUGUUUUGUAUUUAAUGGGGUUUCGCUGGUUUUCAGUUUAUUGGGUUUUGGAUUUUCUCUUUUGGGGUCCUGCCCAUUUUAAUAUUAGAUUGUCAAUUCUUAAUGAUUUUUAGUCAUCGUUCUAUUUUAGGGAAAUUAUAAAUUUGUCUCGAGUGAUGGAUAUUUUCCAAGUUUGUAGA